CUGCAUUGCUUUGUUGAAGACAGGAUGAGGUUCACAAUUUUCUUUGCUGGACUUCUUGGAGUCUUCCUAUCCCCUGCCUUUGCUAAUUACCAUAUCAACAUCGAUGGUGACAACAACCGUGGUGGAACUGGGCAGCAGUCAGUGAGUGUCAACAAAGGCCAUAACGUGGUCAACAUUGACCAUGACAACGGAUGGAACUCCUGGAACAGCAUCUGGGAUUAUGAAACUGGCUACGCAGCAACCAGACUCUUUGCCAAAAAGGCAUGCAUCGUGCAUAGAAUGAACAAGGAGGUCAUGCCCUCCAUCCAAGCCCUUGAUACACUAGUCAAGGAAAACAAGCUUCAGGGCAAGGGACCAGGGGGGCCACCUCCCAAGGGCCUGAUGUACUCAAUCAACCCAACCCAAGUCAGUGACCUGAACACAUUUGGAAAAUCCAUUGUUGGGAUGUGCAAGGGUGUUCCAACAUACACGGCUGAGGAGAGUCCAGGGGCAAGCCUGUUUUUUAACUCAAAAAUGUGCCUGAGUGUUGAUGUAUUCUGGAUUCUGAAUAUUUCCAUCUGUGGAGAAGUGCAGGAGAGCUAA